AUGGCUCUGAAGGACACGGGCAGCGGCGGCAGCACCAUCCUCCCCAUCAGCGAGAUGGUGUCUGCGUCCAGUUCUGGCGCUCCUCUGGCCGCCGCCCCGGGGCCCUGCGCGCCGUCGCCCUUCCCCGCGCCGUCGCCCUUCCCCGAGGUAGUGGAGCUGAAUGUUGGCGGCCAGGUCUAUGUGACCAAGCACUCUACGCUGCUCAGCGUCCCGGACAGCACUCUGGCCAGCAUGUUUUCGCCCUCUAGUCCCCGGGGCGGCGCUCGGCGCCGGGGCGAGUUGCCCAGGGACAGCCGAGCGCGCUUCUUCAUUGACCGCGACGGUUUCCUCUUUAGGUACGUUCUGGAUUACCUGCGGGACAAGCAGCUGGCGCUGCCCGAGCACUUCCCCGAGAAGGAGCGGCUUCUGCGCGAGGCAGAGUUCUUCCAGCUCACCGACUUGGUUAAGCUGCUGUCGCCCAAGGUCACCAAGCAGAACUCGCUCAACGACGAGGGCUGCCAGAGUGACCUGGAGGACAAUGUUUCCCAGGGCAGCAGCGAUGCACUGCUGCUGCGUGGGGCGGCGGCCGGCGGCGCGCCCUCGGGCUCUGGAGCGCAUGGUGUCAGUGGCGUUGUCGGUGGCAGCGGCGCUCCGGACAAGCGCUCUGGCUUCCUUACCCUGGGCUACCGUGGCUCCUACACGACAGUGCGUGACAACCAGGCAGAUGCCAAGUUCAGGCGUGUGGCGCGCAUCAUGGUGUGCGGACGCAUAGCCUUGGCUAAAGAGGUCUUUGGGGACACUCUUAAUGAGAGUCGCGACCCUGACCGGCAGCCGGAGAAGUACACGUCCCGCUUCUACCUCAAGUUCACCUACUUGGAGCAGGCAUUCGAUCGACUGUCUGAGGCUGGCUUCCACAUGGUGGCGUGCAACUCCUCUGGCACUGCCGCCUUUGUCAAUCAGUACCGAGACGACAAGAUCUGGAGCAGUUAUACCGAGUACAUCUUCUUCCGACCACCUCAGAAAAUAGUAUCACCCAAACAAGAACAUGAUGACAGGAAACAUGACAAAGUCGCAGACAAAGGAAGUGAGAGUGGGACUUCCUGCAAUGAGCUCUCCACAUCCAGCUGUGACAGUCACUCAGAGGCCAGCACUCCACAAGACAACCCGCCCAAUGCCCAGCAGGCUGCAGCUCACCAGCCUAACACCUUAACCUUGGAUCGACCCUCCAAAAAAGCGCCUGUGCAGUGGAUGCCACCACCAGACAAGCGCAGGAACAGUGAACUCUUUCAGUCACUCAUCAGCAAGUCCCGAGAUACAAAUCUCUCCAAAAAGAAGGUCUGUGAGAAGCUAAGUGUGGAGGAAGAAAUGAAAAAGUGUAUUCAGGAUUUUAAAAAGAUCCACAUUCCAGAUUGUUUUCCAGAGCGCAAACGCCAGUGGCAGUCUGAACUGCUUCAAAAGUAUGGGUUGUAG